AGUUAUGUGUCUAUUUGGAUAUUGUUCAUAUUUAAUGCUCCUACGGAAUAAGAUGAUAAAUUAAAUAAUUACAACUUGAGAGAAAAAUUGAGGCAGGAAAUUUGAAUCAAUCAAUAUUCGUGACCUACAAACCGGAUAUCCGGCGCCUCCAUACACGUUGUCUCUAGUUCUCGAAGGAAUAGAGACCGCAGCAGCGUUUCUUUCUUUUCUGAACAGGCGCAGUCCGAGAGAACUCGCAAAAGGAGUAAAAGGCUCCUACAUAACCUGUAUUAAUCAAUAUAUUGUAUGAGUCAAAAGGUAGAAAAACCAGUAUUAUCGGGUCAACGGAUCAAGACCAGAAAAAGAGAUGAGAAAGAGAAGUACGACCCGAGCGGGUUCCGCGACGCUUUGGUCGUGGGGCUCGAGCGCGCCGGCGGAGAUCUGGAGGCGGCAUACAAGUUCUUAGACGCGGCCGGCUCCAAACUCGACUACCGCCGCUAUGGCGAGGUCAUAUUCGACGUUCUUAUCGCCGGGGGGCUCUUGCUGCCCGGCGGCUCGGUGUCGAUGGACGGGGAGUCACCGAAGACCAACAUUUGCAUCUUCAGCGCCAGCGAGGAUAUGGAGACUAUGCGCAACUUUGAACAGGUAUUCGUGAAGUUGAUGCGUCGUUACAAGUAUCUGGAGAAGAUGUUCGAGGAAGAAAUGAAGAAGGUCCUCGUUUACCUGAAAGGAUUCGAACCCUUGAACCGCAUCAAACUGGCCAGGAUGACUGCACUGUGGAUUGGUAACGGUUGCGUGCCGCCGUCGGUGCUGCUGGUGCUGGUGAACGAACAUCUGCUGAAGGACAACCUGGCGCUGGACUUCGUGCUGGAGGUGUUCGCCACGGUCAAGCAGGAGCGCGGCGUCACCUCGCUGGUCACCGCGCUCAAGAGGGGUCAGCUGGAAGGCAGGCUGCUAGAGUUCCUGCCUCUGAAUCGUCGCAGUGAGGAAGUUUUAGCCUCUUCCUUUGCUUCGCGCGGCCUCGCUGAAUUACUAAAACUACAUCGGGCUCAAGCCUCCCAGGAGGCGCGUCGGGACCUGACUCAAGCUCUGCUGGAACAACUGGCUGACGAGCGGCCCAUCCGAGACCUCAUCGUGGACCUUCGCGAGAUGGCCCAGAGACACGCCAUUCCAGACCACGAGGUCGUCGCUAUAAUCUGGCAAUGCGUGAUGUCGCGCGGCGAGUGGAACAAGAAGGAGGAGCUCCUGGCGGAGCAAGCCGCUAAACACUUGCGUCACUACACUCCUCUACUGGCCGCCUUUGCUCAGUCGGCUAAGGCGGAGACUGCAUUACUGUCUAAGGUCCAAGAAUACUGCUACGAGAACAUGAGUUUCAUGCGUGCCUUCAGCAAGCUGGUGCUGAUGCUGUACAAGAGCAACGUCAUCUCUGAGGAGGUCAUCCUCAAGUGGUACCGUGACCCUAACUCCAGCAAGGGCAAGAUGAUGUUCCUGGACCAGAUGAAGCGCUUCGUGGAGUGGCUCCAGAACGCUGAGGAAGAAUCUGAAAGCGGCGAAGACGAAGACUAAUUUUAAGGGCAGCGAGUGAGACUGAACACAUAGCGCCGUCCCACACCAACCAUAACCGCAACCAUAACAACCCGCAACCACAACCCGCAACCGGCGACAACCGCAACCACGCCGCGGCCUCACGAACAAUACAUUACAAUAUAUGUACUAUGCAAAACUAAAUAAGGGGCAUACAAUGUUGAUUUUUAAAACCAAUCGAGUGUUGUAAACUUAUAAGCAAGUCAUCUUUUAAAAAACUAAAAACGCGACUGCCCUGCCAAAAAUCGAAUUAAAAAAUUCAUAUUUGAAAUUGGCGCCAUAUUUUGUUUUUUUUUUUUUGCGAAAAAAUAUAUAGCCAGUUACUAAGGAUGAUUCUUGAUAGUUUGAUGAUUUUUUCUUCAGUGAUUUCAGAGGUGAUUUUUCACGAAAAGUGAAAGUUUAAAUGGAUUAUUUUAAGUUUAUCAAAUAUUAUGUUUAAUUGUUAAUCAUGUAUUUAAAAAAAAGAGAAAAUCACAGAUUUAUUUUAGUACUGGUGGCCCCUUAUUUCAUUUUGAUUAGUAUUGAAAAGUAGGUAAAAUAAAAAUAAUAAAUGAAGUCAUAAUAAUAAUCGUAGCACACAUCGACAAGUCGGGACGUUUUCUACAACUGUAUAUUAUUCAUCGCUAAAAGUAACAUGUUGAAAUAAACAAUAUUUUUUAUUCAAUUUUUUUAGUAAAAUUCAAAUAAAUGGUGGCAACACUCAA